UUUCGGGUCGUAUCAACUGUAGAACCUGCUGCUUUGGAGUCUACUAAUUAUCGGUCUUUGUAUCUUAUAUAAGUUAAGUCAAGAGUUAUUAUUGUAAGUAAAGUGAGCUGCGCAGUGUCACGUGAUUUCUGACGUUGAGGAAAAAACUGAAUCUGUCAUACGUUACAAAACACUGUCCCGAGUUGCAAAGCGCAGACCAGUAUUCGGGACAUGGCAUGGAGGAGCUGCUUCAUGAAAUGGACACAAAUAAACUCGAUAAAUGCAUCAUCGUUGUGUCCAAAAAGUACCAGAUUAAACAUCCAUCCUCAGCAAAGAUGUGGCUUCCGGAAAGCUGAGAGACCAUCAGAAAGCAAAAGAGGUGUGCAAGAGACAGAAGCUGAAGCAGGGGGACAUAACCAUGCUGUGCCACCCAAGCCUGUGCCCCCUUUGCCACCCAGAAGACCACAUCAACUCUUCAGACCCCUGGUGUUCACGGUGGGGUUCACAGGCUGCUCUUUCGGCGCAGCUGCCAUCUUGCAGUAUGAAUCAGUAAAGUCGCGAGUGCAACUGGCUAUAGAGGAGGCUAAAGAAGAGAAGCGGGAUACACUUCUGGAGGGUCACAACACAACAUACUGGCACAACUGGUGGAAUCAGCUGUCCAACUUCCAGAAGCAGGUGAUUCUGCUCAUUUCUGCGGUCGAUGAUUUUUGGAGUGGCCUCAGUGAGGGACAAAAAACAGUCACAGGCCUCAUAGCUUUGAACACAGUGGUCCUGUGUUGUUGGAGAGUUCCUGCAAUGCAACGCUUUUUAGUCAAGUACUUCACAUCGAACCCUGCCUCCAAGACGCGUUGCCUUCCCAUGGUCCUCUCUUCUUUUAGCCACUACUCAGUCAUUCACAUGGUGGUCAACAUGUAUGUGCUGUGGACCUUCUCCUCUGGCAUAGUUUCUCUGCUCGGAAGGGAGCAGUUUUUGGCUCUUUAUCUUUCCGGAGGUGUUAUCUCAACAUUUGUUAGCUACGUGUUUAAAACAGCUACUGGUCGCCUGGGCCCGUCGCUUGGAGCGUCAGGCUCCAUCAUGACAGUACUGGCUGCAGUCUGCACCAAGAUACCAGAGGCCAAACUGGGAAUCGUCUUGCUUCCUGUGAUCAGCUUCAGUGCUGGAAAUGCUUUAAAAGCUCUUGUAGCUCUGGAUAUUGCCGGUCUACUUUUGGGAUGGAGGUUUUUUGAUCACGCAGCACAUCUUGGUGGAGCUCUGUUUGGAGUGUGGUACAUUGGAUAUGGCCAUGAACUGAUCUGGAGGAAGCGCGAGCCACUAAUAAAAUUUUGGCAUGAACUGAGGAACAUGUCACCCGGCAGACCUGGACCAGGUGGAGGUGGGGGUUAAAUUUAGGACUGAUCAUUUACCGCAAGAUCUGAACCCUACAGAUGGAAGUGCAGAUGCUCACCACACCAAAGAGCCAUUGUGUGUGUAACGUUCCCCCUUUUCACUUUUCUGUCUCGAACUGUUGUUGGAUUAAAUUAGUCUAGUUGUUUAAAACGGUCCUGCUUUAAAGAUAAAAUGUGCAUUUAUUAUAUAUUUCGAUGUUCUGGAUGGCAAAAUGACAAUUAAAACAAGCCAAUGGCCACUUUUUCCAG